CCCGCCUCGUUCGCCGAGAGCUAGCCAGUAAGCGGCGCGGAGAUUGGGCGAGCGGCGGCGGCCUGGGCCGAGUCAGAGGCCCCGGGGUCCUCUGGCCUUCCUCUGGCGGCCCCUCUCAGUUGGCCGGGCUGCUCUUCGGAUUGUCUGGCUCCUGGCUCUGUGAUCUCUUGGACCUGCCUCUUUGCUGAGAAGAUGUUCCUGGUGGGCCUGACGGGGGGCAUUGCCUCAGGCAAGAGCUCGGUGCUCCAGGUGUUCCAGCAGCUGGGCUGUGCGGUGAUCGACGUGGACGUCAUCGCCCGGCACGUUGUCCAGCCAGGAUACCCUGCCCAUCGGCGCAUUGUGGAGGCCUUUGGCACCGAGGUCUUGCUGGAGAAUGGCGACAUCAAUCGCAAGGUCCUGGGGGACUUGAUCUUUAACCAGCCUGACCGGCGGCAGUUGCUCAAUACCAUCACUCACCCUGAGAUCCAAAAGGAAAUGAUGAAGGAGACCUUCAAGUACUUCCUCCGGGGAUAUCGCUACGUGAUUCUGGAUAUUCCCCUGCUGUUUGAAACUAAGAAACUCCUCAAGUACAUGAAACACACGGUGGUGGUAUACUGUGACCGGGACACACAGCUGGCACGGCUGAUGCGGCGGAACAACCUGAGCCGUGAGGACGCAGAGGCCCGCAUCCGGGCCCAGCUGCCCCUGAAGGAGAAGGCCUGCAUGGCUCGCCACGUUCUGGAUAACUCAGGCGAGUGGAGUGUCACCAAACGCCAGGUCGUCCACUUGUACGCCGAGCUGGAGCGCUCCCUGGAGUACCUGCCGCUGAGGCUCGGGGUCCUCACGGGCCUGGCCGGCAUUGCCAGCCUCCUCUACCUGCUCACCCGCUACCUCCUGCCUUACCCCUAGCUGUGCGGGCCGAGCCCACCUCGGGGCUGAUGCCUGGCAGCACAUCCGGUUUCCCCACCCCCAUCGACACACACGCAUUCCGGGUGCCCUGAGCCUGAGCUGGGCCCCUUGUUUGGUCUACAUCCUGCCCUGAAGCCGAGGGAUGGCCAUUGGGCACCACCUUCUCAUGAGCCCUCCUUCCUCGGCACUUCCUACAGAACAGUAGCCCUGGUGGAGGGGGAAAGCCACGGUCGGAGACUGCUGGACUCUGGCCCUCAGUCUCCCUGCGGCUGGGAGGCCAGGCUUCCCCGAGCCUGGGCUCUCUCCGAGCACAGGCUGUAUCACGGCCCAUAUCCCCUCCACGGACCAGCACUGUUGGAACUCAUUGCGGACCAAAGGCUUCCACCUUUAAACAGGGCUCCUCCUGGGAUGCAGCCUGUGGCCAGGGUGCAGUGAGGAUUCUCUCGUGGGUAAUGGGGUAGAUGGGCUGAGUCCAGCUUCUUCCAGGAGACCCCCAUCCCACCGUAGGAUUUCUCCAGUGCCCCCAACUGUGCCCACUACCUCUGAGCCCUGCCUUCUUGUCACUGCACAGGCACUGCAGGCUCUCACUCCAUGCCUGCCCUGGGAGGCCCCACCCCCAGAAUACCUCUCCAUUCCCCUCCAUCUGGCUGAUUCCCAAUCCAGGCCCUGUCUGCAGCCUCGGCUGGGCUAGGUGUGGGGAUAGCCCCACCCCACGUCCUGCCUUCCUCCACAGCACAGAUGGGCCAAGAGCUGGUUGUAUUCUCCGACUCCACCGUCAGCCUGUCGAGGGCAGGGGCAGUCCUGCUCACCUCUGUGUCCCUGGUGCAGAGCCGGGCUCACUGUUGGUGCUUAAUAAAGCGUGUGGACCUGAGAUGCCCUGGACCAACUGAAGCUCUCAGACAUGGCUGGCACCAUUUAGGGUUUACCGCGGCCUCUUCCACACUGGUGCCUGGGCCCCAGAACACCGCCAGCCAGGUCCAGUGUACCUUUGUGGGAGCUGGGCGGAGGUGCCAGAGCUGUGUCCUCCGCCCCACUGUACCAUCCACCUCUGCCAACUCACUUAGAUCAGUGCAGGCAGCAGGCUCCUGCCGGUUCCCAGAGACCUACUGAUGAAUGGAUCAUGUGGCCAGAGCCUAGUAAGGCCAGAAUCGAGGGUGACAGAUGCCAGUGUUGUGGUGGUCAUAUUUACUGCCCCCUUUCUCAGAGCCGUUCGUACCUGAGACCAGCUCAUUAGCUCCAUGUAGGCUCCCGGGCUACUGGGUGGGUGGUAGACACCCACUGCUUCCCCUGUUUGGUGAGACCUGGCAGGAUGGGGGAAGGAGGGAAGCUAUGGGUCCUCGCAGUGCCCUGGCCCCCAAAUAAUAAAAAAGUGACUUGAGGGCCUGUGGCCUGCUGGACACUG